GUGGAAAGUAUUAUUAAGAAUAAACUACGUUUUAUAGGACGCCUGGUCAGAAAAUUGCGUUCGGAGUUGAAAUAUGGGUUGUGAGCGGGGAUCCCCGGAGGAGCAUCCAUCACGACCCGGGAAGCACGGAAAAUGAAGUGCUUCAAAGAAAUUAAUCUGUUCUGCAGUGUUUCGUGGCCGGGGCUACACCGAGAGGUGCGGGGACCCGGGGUGGGGAGUAAUGCCCUUGUCCCUGUACGAGGUGGGCAAUGGGGGAGCGUGACAGAAGGAAAUUUAAUCAUUGCAAUGAAAUGUGAGAAACUAAAGAUGUGGGGGGAAAAAGCCUUAAGACAGCCAGUUUUUCAAGUCAGGAAGUCGCAGGUGAGUUUCGAGGGAGAAAACUGCCAAUUAAAGCCCCCAGUGUGCGCAGGGGUAGUUUUUUCUUUUUUUAAUGUGUCAAUGUUUUAACGUUGGUUGGUUUUUUUUUGUUUUUUUUUUUUUUUUUAAACGAUGACCCUGGUCAUCGUUCCCAUCUGGCCGGGGUUUGGGGGAGGCUGGGAGAUCCCAGGGCUGGCAGGGAGGAGGCAGGUGCUGCAGGCAGGGGAGGAGCACAGCUCACCUGGGCGCAGGUACGGCAGCGGGAUCACCGGCACGGUCGGAGGACCUUGUCAGGAUGGCGAACUUCAAGGGUCAUGCGCUACCGGGCAGUUUCUUCCUGCUCUUUGGGCUCUGGUGGUCUGUGAAAUACCCACUGCAGUAUCUCAGCCAGAAAGUAAAUAAGAAAUCCCACAGGAUUUAUUGUUUCCAGCGUGUGGAUGCCAUCGAAGGGGGAAUCAAAAUCAUCUUUGCCCUAAUAGGGAUGCUGGCAGAGCAGUUCGUCCCAGAUGGUCCACACUUGUACCUCUACAGCGGGGAGAACCGCGACUGGGUGAAGCUGAUGAACUGGCAGCACACCACCAUGUACCUCUUCUACGGCCUCUCCGGGGUGGUGGACGUCUUCACCUACAUCUCCAACGUGGUGCCGCAGGGUCUGGAUCGCCUCAUGCUGUCCGUGGCUGUGUUCGUUGAAGGUUGUCUCUUUUAUUACCACGUCCUUCACCGCCCCAUGCUGGACCAGCAUAUCCACUCCCUGCUGCUCAUCGCCAUCUUUUCAGGGGCCUGCAGCAUCGUGCUGGAGGUCUUCCUCCGUGACAACAUUGUCCUGGAGAUGUUCAGAGCCGGUGUCACCAUCGUCCAGGGAACGUGGUUCUGGCAGAUCGGGGUCGUGCUCUUCCAGCCGUGGGGAGGUCCCACGUGGGAUGAGAAGGACCACAGCAACAUCAUGUUCCUCACCAUGUGCUUCUUCUGGCACUGGGCAGCCGCUGUGGCCAUCCUGGCUAUAAACUACACUCUCGCUUACUGCUGCAUCCAGAGGUGCAGGAGAGGCAGCGGAGAACCCUACAUCGGGCUCGGAGUCCGGCAGCAUAAGCGUGACACGAGCUCCCAAGCCGCCUUCUUAAAUGGAUCUGAUGAAGAGUGAAAAGGGUGCAAUCUCCUUCUCCAAAUACAUGAAGAAUCUCUUUUCUAGAAGGAAAAAAAAAAGAAAAAAAAAAAUCUAACGAAAUGUUUACAUUUUGGAAGAGCGAAGAGAGGUGCACGUUGAGCGCACGGGGGGUAGCUGCCCUCCAUCCGUACACGACUAUCGCCGUCUCUGAAAUGAGCACUGUUUGCGGUGAUUUUUAGCAACAAAAUUAAGCGCAGAAAUUCAACAUGAUGAGAUCGCUUCGUCCCACACGUCCCACGUGUGUUUUCAUAGUGAUGGAGGGCAGCCUUUGCCCAGCUGACUUUUCCAAGAGCCUGGAGGCUUUGACCUGCUGCAUUUGAAGUCAGGGAAACCUCCAGGCUGAGGUCAGGUACCUCUGGACCAAGGCAUCAUCCCAAGGAGGAAGAGUGAAAGAGUGUUGAAUGUGAGAUUAUGUCAAAUUUGCAGCACCACGGCUUGAUUGUACACAAUACAAAUUUUAUUACCGAAGCUUUGAACUAAAGAGGAGUUUUGUUAAUAGUUUUCGUGUUCACUUAAAGGCUGAAAGAGUGAAUAAAUGUGAAAUAAAAAUCCUCACUGAGCUGAUAUCCUUAAA